ACCAAGCUAGCGCCAGCGAUACUGCAGCAGUGCACUCUUCACUUUACGAUCGUACAUUUCAUUCAACAGCAGCAGCAACAAAUCACUCACGAAAGCUAUCACCAUGCACUCGAGCAGCAACGCAUCUUCGUCAUCUCGCUCAACAUGUACUCCAAUCACCGCGGACGAUUCGAUCGUGAUCAGUGGCAUUGCGGGCAAGUAUCCGCGCUCGGACAGUGUGGAGCAUUUUGCCGACAAUCUGUACAACAAGGUGGACUUAGUGGACGAUAAGGAAGACCGUUGGCGACAUCUGUACGCCGGCAUUCCGAAGCGUCUCGGAAAGCUCAACAAUUUGGGCAAGUUUGAUGCGGAGUUCUUCAACAGCGGGUUCCAGGAAACGCACACGAUGGAUCCGCAGCAGCGUCUGCUGCUGGAGCAUUGCUAUGAAGCGCUGCUGGAUGCUGGACUGCAUCCGGACGAUAUCAGGGGCUCGCGUACGGGCGUGUUUGUCGGUGUGUCGAUUGCGGAGACGGAAAUCUACUGGACGUACAAGAAAACCAAGUCACCGUACAAUCGAUCGAUCUUGGGAUUCGUUCGAAGUAUGCUGGCAACGAAGAUUGCGUACGCGUUGGAUCUGAAGGGACCCUCAAUGGCGGUGGAUACGGCAUGCAGUAGCUCGAUGUACGCUCUCGAUUGGGCCUGCAAGGCGAUUCGUCAGGGCCAGUGUGACUCCGCUAUUGUCGCCGGUACCAAUCUUACACUGCAUCCUUACAUUACGCUUCAAUUCGCACUGCUCGGAGUGCUUGCUGCGGACGGAUACUGUCGUCCGUUCGAUAAGCAAGCCUCGGGAUACUCCCGGUCCGAGGCUAACGCCGUGAUUCUGCUCCAAAAGACGAAGGAUGCCAAGCGUAUCUACGCGCACGUCGUGAACACCAAAACGAACUGCGAUGGAUACAAGCUCGAGGGCAUUACCUUCCCGUCGAACAAGAUACAGAAGCAGCUGCUGGACGAACUCUACUCCGAGGUGCCCUAUGAUCCCAAGGACGUCAGCUACGUGGAAGCGCACAGUACCGGCACGGUAGUAGGUGAUCCGGAAGAGUGUGACGCCAUUGAGAAGGUGUUCUGUCCCGACAGAACCGAACCUCUGCUAGUCGGCUCGGUGAAAUCGAACAUCGGACAUUCGGAAGCUGCAGCUGGAAUCUGCUCCGUUACCAAGUGUGUGAUCGCGAUGCAAAACUGUGUCAUCCCACCGAACAUCAACUACACCGAGCCCCGAUCGGAUGUACCGUCUCUACUGAACGGAAAGCUCAAGGUGGUUGAUCAGUCGACUCCUCUAGCCGGACCUCUGGUAGCGGUGAAUUCCUUCGGAUUUGGUGGCGCCAAUGCUCAUGCCCUGCUGCACAACUGUACGAAGCGAAAAAUCAACGGAGGAUGUCCAUCGGACGGGCUUCCACGGUUGGUAGUUUGGAGCGGUAGAACCAUUGCUGCGGUUGAUAACUUUCUGGACAGCCUGAAAAGCAAAGGAUACGAUGCCGAAUUUUACGCCCUCACGCAUAACAUUCAGCGCAAGGAAAUACCGAAAAUGACCGCCAAGGGGUACGCCAUCUUCGGUGGACUUAAGGACGGUUCUGCUGACAUGCUGUAUAAAGCUGCUUCCAUCGUCACGCCGAAGAAGUACAAGAUUCCCCCGGUAACGCUUGUGUUUGGACAGCUCGAAGGCAACUGGAAGGUGGCGGUGGAAGCGUUUAAGCAAUUCCCAGAGUUUGCUGCAAGCACUAACGAAUGUUUGCAGGCCAUUAGGGCGUGUGGAUUCGAUGCAUUCGACCAGACAAUGCAGACGGACGAUGCGAUUCACCGUAUCCUGUGGACUUUCAUCACUCAGGUGGGAGUGUAUCGAAUGUUGAUCAAGUCGGGCCUCUCAAUCGAUCGGUUCGCUGGAUAUGCUGCAGGACAGGUCGCGUGUGCGUAUCUUGAUGAAGUACUGUCCCUGCAAGAUGCAUUGCGAGUGGCCUACGCACAGGGAUACAUCAUUCGAGCUCAUCAUACUGAGAAGACUUCCAGCAGCAACGUCUCCACCAACAAACAGCUUAACCUGAAGAUGGCGGCAGCACUGAAGCCUCUGCGGCUUCGAGCUGCAACGCCGAGAUGGGUUAAUCCUUGCCAGCUGAAAACGUUCGACAUGUACGAUCCAAAGGCAACGGCUUCAUUGUUCCAAACAUUAGGCAACGAAACGCUCGUUUUACAGCCGUUGAAUGAUUCUUUGAACACUUCAAAUGAAGUCGCCAUUAACUUCCUGAAGGCUGUGGGAGAAGCCUUCCAGAAAGGUCAUCAAGUCAACCUGCUGUCACUCUACCCAGCGAUCGAGUUCCCUGUGUCGCAGGGUACUCCCAUGAUUUCGUCACUGCUCGAGUGGGAUCAUUCGGCCGAUUGGCACGUUACCAACUUCCGGACGACGCGUAUGGUCGAUCAAAGCACCACCGAGUACACGAUUUCACUCUCGGAGCAAGACUACAUCGCAGGGCACUGUAUCGAUGGAAGAAUCCUCAUCCCAGCUACGGGAUAUCUGUUCUACGUGUGGGAUUCCUUCUCCGGUAAGAUGGGCAUCAUUCCGGAGGAGAUGCCGGUAGAGUUUUUGGAUAUAGAGUUCCUGCGCGCCACCACACUCGUUGGCGAUCAACAGGUAACGCUUACGGUGGAUUUGAAUGAAGUGACGGGCUAUUUCGAGGUGCGUGAAGGUUCGGCACUGGUUGUUACGGGACGCAUUCAGGCACUUACCAACUACAAACCGCCGAUCAUCGAGCACAAGAAGAGCGAUGCAGUGAUGCUUCCAUCGAAGGACUUCUACAAGGAGCUCCGGCUGCGUGGCUACCACUACGGAGGAUUCUUUAGAUCCGUGUUGGAGUCCACUGCUGAUGGAUCAUAUGCUAAGAUCGAGUGGAAAUUCAACUGGACCGCGCUACUGGAUUGUAUUCUGCAGGUCGCCAUCAUUGCGGUUGAUUCUCGAUCGCUCGUGAUUCCUACCCGCAUCGAAUCGAUCAAGAUUGACCCGAUACAGCACAAGGGAACGGAUCAGGCGUCUGGUAAUGAAGUGCCCAGCUACAACGUUCGCUUCGAUCCGGUACUUAACCUGCUGCAGUGUGGAGCGAUUGAAAUACGAGGACUUAAUGCGAGCACUAUCGCCCGCCGGCUGCCACCGGGUGUUCCUGUGCUGGAGAGCUACAAGUUCCAACCGUACUACCCUCAGCAUGUAGUGCAACCAGCCCAAGCCGUUUCUACCAUUGUCCAAACGAUUCUGGAGAAUCAAGCCACCAUUUUCUUCUCCGUCACGGAAGUUCACUCGAAAACGAAGGACCCAAUCAUCACCCUUUUCGGUGAUGCGAUCGGUGAUUUACCGUUGGUCAAAGCUCACCUUACACUGCUCUCCAGUGCGAAGCCAGAGCCCAUUCCGAACGUCACCAUCUCGGAGGAAAAGCUCAUGAAGCAACGCAACGUUCUGCUGCUCAUCUGCGAGAACCUCUUCAACGACGAUGAGUUCAUCUCGGAUGCUAUCAACUCGCUUUCCGACCAAGGCUUCAUACUGCUCCGUGAGUCUGAAGGAUAUCAGCUCCAGGAUAGCCAUCGACGACUCCAGCUUGUCAGUACCAUCCCGAUCGAAGGUGAGACAUUUCUGCUUCUUCAACAAAAGAAGUCCGCUAUGAACACCUCCGUCGAUGCUCACGUCAUCAAGAUAUCUUCCAACGAUACUGCCCUGAACUGGCUGCUCGAGUUGAAGCAAGAGGUGAAAACUAAACCCAUCAUCCUCGUCGCCCAGAAUGAUCCUUCUUCGGGUAUCAUCGGACUUGUGAACUGUAUCCGCAAGGAGCCCAACAUUCAAACCGUUUCCUGCUUCUUCAUCGACGAUCCCAACGCACCUGCGUUCGAUCCUUCCAACCCAUUCUACAAAGACCAGAUCGAGCUCGGACUGGCGAUCAACGUCUAUCGCAAUGGACAAUGGGGAUGCUACCGUCAUUUUAAGCUGCACGAGGAGCCUCGUUACGAAUCGACCACUAACCACUGUUUCGCCAAUUGUGUCAAGCCUGGAGAUCUCUCUUCAUUCACAUGGAUGGUUGGUCCGCUGAGUGAGCAACCACCGACAAGUCCUUUGGUCAAAGUCGUAUACAGUUCCUUGAACUUUAAGGAUGUGAUGAUCGCUACCGGAAGACUUUCGAUUGAAACGUUCUGCACUGAUCGAUUGCAACAGGAGUGCAUUUUGGGCUUCGAGUACUCUGGUGUUACAGCCACCGGUAAACGUGUGAUGGGAAUUAUUAAUGCUGGAUGCAUGGCUACACUCAUUGAAAGCGAUACUCUCUUCACUCUGGAUGUACCUGAUGGGUGUACCUUGGAGCAGGCGGCUUCCAUUCCUACUGUGUACGCCACUGUCUACGCUGCCUUCUUCAUUUGCUCUCACAUUCGCAAAGGAAACUCCAUUCUCAUUCACGCUGGAACGGGAGGCAUCGGUCUGGCCGCUAUUCGAGUAUGUCUAGCCUACGGACUCGAAGUCUUUACCACCGUCAGCACCAAGGAGAAGCGUGAGUUCCUGCUCAGUUACUUCCCCGAUCUUAACCCCAACAACAUCGGUAACUCCAGAGACACCUCCUUCGAAACACUCAUCAAGGAGCGUACCGAUGGCCGAGGUGUCGACUUCGUUCUCAACUCUCUGUCCGAGGAAAAGCUUCAGGCUUCGAUCCGUUGUUUGGCUAGGGGAGGACACUUCCUGGAAAUUGGAAAGUACGACAUGAUGAAGGACUCCAAGCUGGCGAUGGCUCUCUUCCAGAAGGGUAUCACCUUCACCGCCGUGCUCGUCGAUUUACUGUUCAAGGAAAAGCGAGAUCUCAUGCAGGUUUUGCACAAGCUCAUUGUGGAGGACAUCUCCAAGGGCAUCAUUCAACCGUUGCCUACGACCGUCUUCCAGGCGCAUGAGAUCGAGCAAGCGUUCCGAUACCUUGCUACGGCUAAACACAUCGGAAAGGUUGUGCUCAAGAUUCGGGACAACGAGGACGAUCUCGCAUCCGUCCCGAUAUCCUAUCUUCCGCGAGUUUACUGUAACCCCGAGCAGAGCUUCGUGAUUGCUGGUGGUCUUGGUGGAUUCGGACUCGAGCUGGCCGAUUGGCUCAUCAUUCGUGGAUGCCGUAAGCUGGUGCUCAGCUCCAGCAGAGGCAUCACUAAGCCUUAUCAACAGUACCGCAUCAACACAUGGCAUACAUACGGAGUGCAAGUUCUCAUUUCCACGGAAGACAUUUCCACCGAGAACGGAUGUCGCCGACUGCUCCAACAAGCCAUCCAGAUGGGCCCCGUCGCCGGUAUCUUCAAUCUCGCCGUACAGCUCCGGGACGCCAUCAUCGAAAACCAAUCGGUGGAUAAGUUUGCCGAGUGUUUGGCUCCUAAGGCCACCGCUACACAUCACCUCGAUCUCAUCAGUCGUGAGCUGUGUCCCAUGCUGAAGCACUUCGUCGUUUUCUCCAGCGUUUCAUGCGGACGUGGAAACGCCGGCCAGUCGAACUACGGUAUGGCGAACUCCAUCAUGGAGCGCAUCAUCGAGCAUCGUGUCGCUCAGGGCCUACCUGGAAAAGCCAUCCAGUGGGGAGCUAUCGGUGAGGUCGGUAUCGUUGCCGACAUGCAGGAGGAUAAGAUCGACAUGGAGAUCGGUGGUACAUUGCAGCAACGUCUCUCUUCCUGCAUCCAAGUACUCGAUCAGCUGCUCACCACCGCUGAGCCUGUUGUGGCCAGUAUGGUUGUGGCCGAGAAGCGAAGCUCCAGCGGUGGAGCCAAGAACAUCGUUGAGGCUGUCAUGAACAUCAUGAACAUUCGCGACAUGAAGUCCGUCUCGGUCGAGAGUACUCUCGCUGACAUCGGUAUGGAUUCGCUGAUGGCCGUCGAAAUCCGACAGGUUCUGGAGCGUGACUUUGAUAUCAUUCUGACGCCUCAGGACCUCCGUACACUCACGUUCUCCAAGCUCCAGAAGCUGGCCGAUGCCAAGGCCGAGAAUGAAGCUGUCGAAGCCGCUACUCAACAGCUUCAGCUGGAGGAUUUGUUGGCGAGCUUCGGUGAUGAAGCCGCCAGUCAUCACACUGUCCUUCGGUUACCCUCCAAGUGUAACGACCUCGAGUACGAUCGACCUGUGCUGAUCAUUCCGGGAAUUGAAAGCGUUUGCAGUCCAGCCUGGACGAAGAUCGCUUCCGAGAUCAAUGCUCCAACGUUCAUGCUACAGACGUUUGCCCGCGCUACCGACGAGCAGACCAUCGCCGGAAUCGUUGACACCGUGUUCGACGAGAUGUUCGAGACGGUCUUCGCCAAGGUGGAACAGUUCCUGGUCAUUGGCUACUCCUUCGGGUCGUUGUUGGCGCUGGAGAUCGUGAAGCGCCUGGAAGCACGAUCACUUCAAGGAAAGCUGAUGCUAAUCGAUGGCUCCCCGUUGUAUCUGCAGCGCUUCGCUAGCCACCAUCUAUCGGGCUUUGACGAUGAACAUCUGCAAAUGGCAAUCCUCACGCUCAUCCUAUCGUUCGCACUGCCUUCAGUGUCCACCGAAAUUGUUAGUGCGAUCAUGGGUGAAGCUACGUACGAAAUGCGUGUCUCCAAAAUGCUAGAAAUUGGACGCGAAUCGAACCCCUUCUCGGAGGAGUACACACGCAAAAUGAUGCGCGUAUUGUUCUAUCGACUAAAAGCCGCCAUGAACACGAGCACCGAAGUGAAGGAAAAGCUAGCCUCUCCGUUGGUUCUGGUGCGCUCGGGAACGAUCAGCGAAAUUGAGGAAGAUUACGGACUGAGCGAGUUUACCCAGUCGUCGAUGAUUGUGAAGGUGAUCGACGGUACGCAUCAGACCAUGCUUUCCAACCUGGAGCUGCUUGAAAUCAUCAAUAAGGACACUCUGUGAACGUGGGAUUUAUAAAACCGAAAGCUUAUUUAUCAGUUGCUAUAAGUUAAUCCAAUAAAAAUGAAGCAUUAAACAAAA